UUUAUGAUUUCAAAUGUCAGCUGUCAGAAAUUAAAUAUUAAUCAUAGGCCAUUGUAUAUUUCAGUUUUCGUAAUUUGAUUCGAUUACUUAUAUGUGUUUAUAUUUGCUCAAUAUUUUAUGUUUGUGCAAAUUUCUUUCUUAACGUAUACUAUAACAACAUUGCUCGAGUAUUAGGGUUCGUCAUAGCUACUUAGUUUCGAAUUGGUGGUGGGCAGUGUGCGUAAUUGAUGGGAGGAAAAAAUAUUAUUAAUUAAACAAAUAUGAUAGAAAUAUCAUUGGACUAUUCCAAUUAAGAUUCAUUGAUGAAUGUGUAGAAGCAUAAAAUCGAUUUAAUAUGAAAUUACGAGUUGGACUCUUGUUCCUCUUCCUAACGUGUGCUAAAACAACGGAAGAUGUUUACAAUAGACCAAACAGCGAUGCCAAUUUAGAUAAUGUGUAUAGACAUUGGCCUUCAAAUCGGUAUAAUGCAAAACUAAUGCAAUUUCGUAAACGAGAAGCUGAUUCAUUGCCAAAACAAAUAAAUGACAAUCCUGAUACAAAAUCAUCUGCAGUGAAUACAGAUGCAGCCCAGUACGUCGAUGGAUCUAAUACCCAACCACAAAAUGAUGUCCCCAAUAAGGAAAUUGCAGCUAAUAAUGAGGGUAUACCUCCACACGAUGGACUAAGUGAAGGUGGAAUUGGUAAAUUAAAUGUUAAUUCUUUGCCACCAUCAACUGCUCAAGCUGACACAAAAAUACAGAGCAAUAGUAGCGUAUUGGACAGUCCUAAAGGUAAUAUCACAAAGUUAAACGAGACACUUGCAAAGACAAAUGCAACUGUUGCGAAUAAAACUACAGCUGCAACAUCUACAGAAGCUGAGAGUAGUCUUGAUCUUAACAGUCCUGGUGUUGUUAAAAGAGGUCUUAUUGUUUUUGGUGGAUUUAGUCUCCUGGCUGUUGCAUACUUCAUAUUUUACAGGAAAAAGAAUCAAAAAUAUGAUAAUGGCAAUGCACACAAUACAAAUGAUGCUAAUCAAUUCAGAUAUGGUGUCCUCCAGUCGGAUGACCGGAGAGACAAUCUUGAACUAUCUCGAAUACCACUAACAAUGGAAUCUGAUGAAGACGAGGAUGAAGAUUUGGAAAUAUUUGAUUUAGAACAAAAGAAGAAGUCUCUCUCCUAUGUUAAUCUUCAAACUAACGAUGAAGACAUUGUUUUGCAUAGCUCUAAGGAUGAAUCAAAGAAUAAUCUGUUGUUAGAUAUAGAGGAUGGACCGUCUGAUACUUUGAUUAAUUGGUCCAGUAAUGGUAACAAAUCAAUAUUAUAAUUAUAAGUUGCCUGUGUUUGUACAAAUAAUAUCUGUGUUAAGAAAUAACAUCUAGUAAGCUUGCAAAAAUGACAAAUUCCUUGUGAGUCAGAACAAAACAAAUUUGAAAAAGCAAAUUAAUAUCAUAUAUUUCUAAUAUUAAUCAUAUAUAAUGUUCACCGAACUGAACAGAACCAAAUAAAGUUCAUAAUUUUUUAAAUAAAUAGACAACCAGGAGGCCACAGAACGUGUUGCAAAUAUCCCUAGCCAGUAGGAGCAUAGACAAUUUUUUUUUUAAUUGUUAAAUAGUGUUGAAUCAAUAUUACAAUAAUCUAGUUUUUUUUUUAAACAGGAUUGAUAUUUAAAUAAAAAUAGAACAUUUUGUUUAUUAGAAUUUGUAAUUAAAUUAAUGAUUAUAACAACUCAGAGUUAAACAAUAAUUUAUAAAAUAUUUCAAGAAAUAUAUAGAAUCAGUGACUCAAUUAAAGAUUACACAAUGAUAAAUAAUAUAUAAACCAUAGAGGAUUGCUUUAAAAGUGAAAUGAAUAUUCCAUUUAUAUUUAUUUCAAUAUUGUAUCUAUUUGAAUGAUAAAAUCUGAUGAUUUGGAUUAAUGUGUACUUAGUUUUAAUUAUCUAUGAAAAAUCUGGAUUUUUUUAAGAACACUAAAUAUUGUCUUAAACCAGAACUUAGUCCACUCAUAAAUAUUCUUCCACUCAUUAAGGUAAUGUUCUCCACUAAAUAAGGAUUUCUUCAUCAGAAUCACAAUCAAUGUUAUAUCAAUUCUAUUCCAUAAACAAUAUUGUUAUCGAAAAAAUUGUUAUAUUAAUAAGUAUAAUAAAAAAUAAAAUUAAUUUUGUUUACACAAUCAAGCAAAAAUAAAUAACCUUUUCAAUUAUUAUUUUUUGAAUAGCUAUUUCUGUUUGUAAAUAAAUUUAUGUGCUGCAAUCAAUAUUUAUAUAUUCAUUGCUGUAUUGUGUCAGUAACUGCGUUUUAUUAGCAUUUUCAAUACUGUUUUGUGUUAAUGUUAGAAUAUAAUAAUUAAUUUAAAAUACUGUUUUUAAUAUUCCAUACAAAUUGUAUGUAUGCAAUGUUGCAUUUCUUUUCAAUCUAUAUGCAUUUUAUAUUUUGCUUAAUAAUCAUUUUUGUAAAAAAUGUGUGUUUUCGGAAGUUUGGCUGUUGCUUUAGUAACGAUUAGAGAAAAAUUAAAAGUAAUCCUUAUAAAACAUUUUUUUUUAAAAGAUUGAAAAUUUAUUUGUUUAAUAAUAUUCCAUUUUUAUUAACUAUUAAGUAAGUACUAUUGUUAAGAAAAAAUAUAUAUAAAAUUUUAGCAAUAACUUCGGCGAGUAUUUUAAUAAUGUUUUUUAAAUGUAUAAAAAAUUGAUUACAGGCAUACUUCAUGUUUCAUACAUUUACUUGACUGAUGAUAUGUAUUUUCUUCCAAUACAAUGUUACAAAGUUAAGGUGCCUUUAAAUGGAAAUAUUUUCCUGCAAUAUGUGGCUGAUAUGUUCGAAAACGUGUAUCCGUUACAGCAAUAUUUUGUAGGAAAUGUAUAUUUCAUCAACAAAAAUAGGACCCCUAAUAUUUUAUAACAGAAAUGCAGUAAUAUGUCUGUAGCAAUGUCGCUAUGAAGAGAUACGAGAGAAUCAUUUUGCAGGUGUCACUAAUUUAAUCAUAAACAUAGGUUUUCUACAUUAUGUUGGGAGAAAAAAUUCAACGCGACUUUGUUUCUUGCCGUAGCGCAAUAUUAGGUGCAUGUAAUUUUUUUGUUAGUAUAAUUAUUUGAUUAUGUGUAUCUGUGUCCCAGUGGCUUAUUGUGGAUUUGCAAAGUGUUACUGAAGAUUGCAUGGAUUCGAUCAUGGUUGGUUCCCGAAUUCAGCAGUUCUCAAACUUAGAAAACUCACAUUGAACAUCUAUCAAAUUAUAUUUUUUUGACAUCGGAUAAUAUUGCAAUGCAUUGUCGAUAUUGUCGAUAAAACCACAACAGCGACAUAUUGCAGUGAAAAUUUGAUGUACGCCUAGAAGUUUUAGUUUAUCGAUAUAAGACUUAAUAUUCUUUUGAAAAUACUUAAUUGUAUAUGGCUGUUACAUUUUUUUUUUAAUAAAUAAUUUGCAGUUUACCAUAAUGUGAUUUGCGAACUAUCUCAUUCUGCAUCUUAGAAGUCAUUUAAGCUUUGGACUGUGAUAGUAGAUGAGAGAAUAGAUAAAUUAUUGUACAAAAUAUAUUUUUUCAUUGAAGAAUUAUUGUUUUCGAUUUGUGGAUAAAUGUGCAUAAAUGAAAGUGUUCGCUCUACUUCUUACGCCUAAAACUGUUACACUUCUAGUAUUGUAAGGCUGUUCUUAUAUAAUUAAAAUGUCUAAUAUUUUC